CAUUGACAUAAAGAAAGAUGUUUCUCAGUAUCUUCAAUUCUACAUUUCAUCGCUGGAAAAUCAAACGGAUCUAUUGAAAAGGGCCCUUCAAGGUCUUGAUAGUAUCUCUGACGAUACAUCUAAAGACCCAGAAAAGUUCAUCAGCAAUCCUCUCACCGCUUACAAAUUUGUAAGACAGCUAAGAAAUGUGGGCACAACCAUUCAGAAAAUCACAAAGACGAAUAUCUCCAAGGAUUUAGACAUGCUAUUGUCAAAAACUCAGCUCCUUCCCAAUGAAAAUAAUUUGGAUGGCAUAGCAGUCGCCAUCAUUAGACUGCAGGAACUUUAUAGGCUAGAUCCAAAGGACAUGACUGGGUUAGAAUCUCACUCUGCCCUGAGCCCAGACGGGUGUUUCCACAUUGCAGUGAUUGCUCACCAGAAUCAGCAGUUCCAGUGUGCCAUUCUCUGGAUUCAGGAGACUAUGAGGAAGCUCCAUGAGGGAGCAGAAGCUGUGGUGACCAAAGAGAACGUUCUGACUCUUCUUACCUCUAUUCAGUUUGACGUGUGCAACCUACACUUUGCUCUUGGAGUAACACAGCUACUAAUGCACAAUGAUAAUUUAAAUUUGAAGACUAUACUCCAGCCUGCAUAUACCAACAGCCUGAUAGAGAAUAUUAAAAACUUGGAUGGAAUGCAACACUUCAUUACUCCCUUUGACACGUCUGCUCUUCAUCGUCCAAUGCAAAAUGGAUAUGAGGCCUUGUGUAGAGGGCAGGGGAUCAAAAUGAACCCUAAGAGACAGAAGAAAUUGGUUUGUAGGUACAUGACAGGUGAAGGGAGCCCUCAGCUGAUAUAUGCCCCUGCUAAAGAAGAGGAGGAAUGGGAUGAGCCCCUCAUCCUCAGAUACCAUGACAUAAUUUCCUUAAGUGAGAUAGAGGUCAUCAAAAGACUUUCUAGGCCAAAGCUUGCCAGAGCUAAAGUUUCAGACCCGGUUACUGGGAAGUUCGUUUACACCACAGUGCGAGUUUCAAAGAGUGCAUGGUUGUCUAAUGAUGAGAGUCCUGUAGUUGCCCGUGUCAAUCAGAGACUAGCUGACAUCACUGGUUUGGACAUGAAUACUGCUGAAGAACUUCAGGUUGCAAAUUAUGGAAUUGGAGGACACUACGAACCACACUAUGACUCAAUGGUGGCAAAUGGCCUUCCAUUUACUGAGAAAAGGAUUGCAACUGUCCUGCUCUAUAUGAGUGAUGUUGAAGUUGGUGGGGCCACUGUGUUUCCUGAUAUUGGUGCUGCACUUCCACCAAAAAGAGGUUCGGCAGUGAUUUGGUUCAACCUACUGAAGAGUGGAGAAGUGGAUACCAGAACUUUGCAUGCUGCAUGCCCAGUUUUUGUAGGCAGUAAGUGGGUUGCCAAUAAGUGGAUCUGCUGUCGGGGACAAGAGUUCAGGAGAAGGUGCACUCUGUCCAAGUCUGACUGAGACUGAAAACUGAAACUUGAUGUGUCUGAUUUCUCAAGAUACUUUAUCCCCCAUCAUAGGGCUUAUGAAAGAACUCUACCUAAAGCAAGCUGAAAAGCUUUUCAGAACUAAGAUAUUUGGCAUAGACCAAAGGGGCUGAUUAGAUUUGUACCAAUUUUUUGUAAUGUGUAUUUGCACAAUAAAA